AUGCCGCGGCAACCUCUUGCUUCCCCUAUAGAGUUGCAUUGCUCUGUUGGUUUAUCCUCAGGGCAGAGAGGAGGACAUCAAUACUUAACAGUAGAUGACACGUAUGCAGCAGCAGCAGGAGCAGCAACAGCAGCAGCAGCACCACCAGCAGCAACAGCGGGUCGUUUUGGCAGCUAUACACCGCGACCAGCAACAGCAACAGCAGCAGCAGCAAAUGCAGCAGCAGCAGCAGCAGCAGAAGUUCCCUGCAUUGUAUCCCCUAAUCCUCCCUUUAAGAACAGCCCGAGCAGCAGAUUGCUGCUGCUGUCUACUUACCCUGCAUACCAUAAGAAGAUCAGCAGCAGCAGCAGCAGCAGCAGCAGCAGCAGCACGAAUUGCUGCUGCAGCCAUGGUACAGAAGUGCUGCUAGCCUUCGUGGGGCCCCCCAAGGGAAAUGCUGCAGCAACGCUGUGGCUGUUGGGGGCAGGGAGUGCUCGUGCUGCUGCUCCUAAGAUUGUAUAUUCUGCUGCUGCUGCAGCAACAGCAGCAGCAGCAACAGCAAAUGGUAACAGCAGAACGCAUGCAAAACAGGAUUGGGGCCCAGGGACACCCGUCAUAGCAAAACAGAUAUGCCCUGCUGCAGCAGGAUCAGCAGCAGCAGCAGCAGCAAUAGCAGCAGCAGCAGCAGCAGAUUCCCGUCUGAGGUGGAAGCUGCUGCGUCCCUCGUUGCUGCCUCCCCAUUUGCUGCCGCCGCGGCUACAGCAACAGCAGCAGCAGCAGCAAGAGCAGCAGCAGCAGCCAACAGCAGAUGUGCUGCUGCAGCACGGGGAAGAAUUAGUGCUGCUUAAUCAGAAGACAUCCGAGUUCUUGUCGCUGCAGCUGCUGCUGCGGCCGCAGCAGCAGCAGCUGCUGCCAAUGCAGCAGCAGCAGCAGCAGCGCCGCAUAUGUCUUGUCCCCUCUCUUUCCUUUGAAUCUCCUCCAGAGCAGCAAACUGCACCAGCAGCAGCAGCACCUGCUGCUGCUGCUACUGCUGGGGUGUACGUACACUGCGGAUGGCAUAUAGAGAAAGCAGGACUAAGGAGCAGCAGCCUUCCUUUAUGCAGAUUUCCUGCUGCGCUGCUGUCGCCUAGUAUGUGGGAUGCUGCUGCUGCAGCAGCAGAAGUGUGGGGUAACAACAGCAUUGCUGCGCUGCUGCAGCAGCACGGUCUUGCUGCUGCUGCUGAUGCUGUACCUCCUGCCCCUCCUCUGCCUAUGGAGGAGCAGCAGGAGCUGCUGCAGCAACAAGACAAUAGCAGCAACAGGGAUGCAGCGUUUGCUGCAGCAGUUAACUGGGGGCAGCAGCAGCUAGCAGCAGAUUGGCCGCUGCUGCCCCAUGCAGCAAGAGAGCGGCUGCUGCUAGAGGAGCUGCUGUCGCUGCUGCUGGGUGUUGAUGGUGUGCUGCUGCGGGUAGUAAGAGAGCCUCAUAAGGAAGAGGAGGAGCAGCAGCUUGCUGCAAUGCAGCAGCAGCAGCAAGAUUGGCUGCUGCAGCAAGCGCAAGAGGGAGAUCUCCAUCCAAAACAGCAACAGCAGCAGCAACAGCAACAGCAGCAGCAACAACAACUGCAGCAGCAGCAGCUGCAGCUAUUAGAAAGGCAUCCUUAUGAUAUAGACAGCAGCAGAUGCAUGCUUCCUCCUUUGCCAACUUUUUCUGUGUGGCUGCAUCCGCUGCUGCUGCAGCAGCAGCAGCAAGACGGCAGCAGCGCGUGUGGUGGUGGGCUGCAGGGUUUGUUACAGCAGCUAGCAGCAGCAGCAGCAGAUAUCCGUUUGCUGCUGCAUGCGCAGCAAGCAGCAGGAAGCCGCAUAGAGGAGAUGGGCGAUAGGACGGAGCAAACUCGAGAUCCCCUCGCGGGAGAAUUUGCGGACGACUGCAGUGGUUUAGCUCGUUGGCCAUGGGAGUGGCAAGAGAGGUUUGUUAUAGAAGAAGCAUCUCUGCCUCUGCUGCUGCGGCCUGUUGCGCAGCAGCUGCUGCAGAUAGGCCGCUGCAUCAGGUUGCUGCGUGACUGCAAGCAGCCUUGGCCUGACAUGAGCCGAUACUUUGCUUCGAUGCGAGGAGAGAGUAGCAACUCGUUGUUGCUGCUGCAGCAGGAGUUGACAUCUGCUGCACUGCCUGCAGCAGCAGAAGCAGCAUCUGCUGCAGUGCAUGCAAUGUUGGCAUCUCCGCUUGUCUUGGGGCACCCAGCAGCAGCUGCAGCAGCAGCAGCAGCAGCAGACCACCCUGCAGCACAGGGAUUCCUUGGAUUCCUUAAGGGCCUUAAGGCCCUCUGCCUAGGAGGGAGAGGAGACGUCUUUGCUGCUUUCUUGGAGUCGUGCGAUCCCACGACAGAUCCGCUGCAGCAGCAACGUGCUGCUGCUGCUGCUGCUGCAGCUGGAAGAAGCGUCGAAGCACAACAGCAGCAACAGCAACAAUACCUCCUGCAGCAAAUGCAUGUCUUAGAGGCACGGAUGGAUGCAGCAAUACGGAGCGUCACUGAAUACGAAUGGCUAUGUGACGACCUCUCGCUAUCCUUACACCCGAUAGCGAGUCUAUCAGAGGCAGCACAGCUGCUGCACCGAGCAGCAACAAAACCUGAGCUGUAUGCGCAGCUAAUUGCAUCUCCUAGAGACCUAUUUGGUUUCCGGGAGUCUGGUUCCCACUUCCGUGCUGCACUAAAGACAAGAGGACAAAUGGCCUAUUUUGUCUCCUGUCUCCUUUCUUAUAUAUCUAAUGAGGUGGUGGAUGUUGAGUUUGGUCGUUUGUUAUCAUUUUGCUCCCGCGGUACUCCUAGUGCGGAGUUGCUGCAGCAGCAGCACUUGGAGUGUAUGCGCAGCAUCAGCAGCAGCUGCUUCCUCGAUAGUCCAACAACAUUACAAAGUCUAAAUAAAACUCUUGCUGUUGUAUUAACAUUUGCUGUACAUACACUCAAAUUCUCCUCCUUGGCCAGGCGGCCGCAGCUUAUUGCUGCUGCUGCUGCUGCAGCAGAGGGCGGUCCUGCUACAGACGCGAGUGUGCUGUUGGGGGACGAAGACGCAACUGCAGCAGCAGAGGCAGCAGCGGCGGCGGCUGCUGCAGCAGCUGCUGCUGCUGCUGGAGCUCAGGAUACAGCAGAAAGUGCUGAAGCCGAAGCAGCAGCACAGCAGCAGCAGCAGCGCCUGCAGCAGCAAAGACGCAGAGAAAGCAGACUACAAAGCUUUCGUUGUGCUGUUGAGGCUGCGGGCUUUGGCUCGAUGCUCAAGACAGCGCAUGCAGCAUUUGUAUCCAGCCAAAGAGAGUUCGUUGCUCGUCUCUCCCGUUUAGUGCAGGGAUCAACAGGAUCUGCUGCUGCUCUGCUGCUGCAGCGACUUGAGCUUGGCUUAGCAGGAGAGAGGCAAGUGCCUUUAGGUGUAUCCUCACCACUAACAGCAACACCAAGGAAUGAACUCCAUAAAACCCUCUCUGCUGCUGCUGCUGCUGCUGCACCUGGUGCUGCUGCUGCUGUUCCUGCUGCACCUGUUGAGGAAAAUGUCACGCGUCUGAGAGCCGCUGCUGGCAUCAGGAGCGUCAGCCCCCGCAAUGUGCAGACAUCCGCAGCAGUACAAACAGCAGCAGCAGCAACAGCAGCUGCGGCAGCAGCAGGAGCGCCACUGUCGUUGACAACUCCACGGACAGAAAGGAUCGUUGGUAGCCCAGGGCUGCUCUCCUCGUUGCAGCAGCAGCAGCAGCAGCAAUCCCGGCAGCAGCAGCAACAGCAGCAGCAAACGCCACAGGCUAGUGCCGCUUCUGCUAUGCAGCAGCUUCUACAGAUAAGGCAGCAGAAGUUGCAGCAAGAGCAACCCCAGCUGCAACACGAACAGCAGCAGCAGCAGCAUGAGCUGCUGCAGCACCGCUUUCCUCGAGCUCCGAGGACCUUAGGUACCGUAGGUCCCCCAAUGUUGCAGCGAAGCUCAGCUGCUCCAGCAGCAGCAACAACAACAGGUGCUGCUGCAGCUCCGCAUGCACCUGCGUCCGGUCUGCGGGGCAGCAGCACCAGCACCAGCAGGCCAGCUUGGCCCACCCCACCGAGGUAUGGAGAUACUGCAGAGCAGACGGCAACAUCAUCUAGUUCUCGCAGCAGAAGCGUAGCAGCAGGAACUGCAGCAACUGCAGCAAACCGAGGCUACAGCAGCAUCGGUGGCACCAGUAUCAGAUACCUCGGCCAGCAGCAGCAGCAGCAGAAGCUGCAGCAGCGUGAGGCAGCUCCGAUCAGCUACGCCAGCAGCAGAGACCCCGUGUCGCGCAGCAGCAGCAACAACAGCUUUGUUAGUGGCUCCGAAACAGAAGAAGACGCCCCCAAUACACCAGAGGCAGCAGGAAGAACAGCUGCUGCUGCAGAUCCAGGGACGGAUGCACCUACGGAGGAAGCAUGGAGUGACGCACCUACAGAGCCAAGUGACUUAGAGACAGAAGCUGCAACUCACCUGCAGCAGCAGCAACACCUGCUGCUGCAGCAAGAGCAGAGGCUGCAGCAGCAGCGGCGGCAGCAGCAACUGCCGCCCAUGCAGCCAACGCCGUUGGCACAAGCCCAAGCGAUGCUGAGGCGCCUUCGCAACCAGUGA